CGGCGCGCAUACGGUUCGGAACAAAAUGACUGUCAGUGCUGGAAGUGCCAUCCUCGGAGAGCCGAUAAUGUGGUCGUUCUGAAAUAGCCAGCCGAUCCUGCCACAAUCAGGAGAGGAUUCAUACGAACUUCUGAGACCUCUCCUGGCAGUCCUCAUAUCCCCGAUGAUCAGCUUUACAUCGAGAAUGCCGGAUCCGAGGAGAAUCGUUCUCAUUUUCGUGAGCUUCCUCGCGGGCGCUUACGGUCACAUUCAUGGCCCUGUCCCCAAGGAAUAUCUCGACAACCCUGAGAAGGAUAUAUCACAUCUGAACGAAGAUUUGCGGUUACGGAUAGCACAUGCCAGGUUCCAUGAAAAACACAAAGGACACGAAGAGAUGCACUUCUGGAUGGGCAUCAGCCUGCUAUUCGGCGUGGUGGCCACACAGAUUCUUAUCGUUGUUUGGAAAGAGAAACACUACAGCUCUUAUAGACAGUUUACGAUGUGGGGGCUCUGGCUGAUACCAUUAUGCAUCUCCGUAAAUGCCGGCUACUGGAGAUUCAUAUUCGUGUGGUCCAUCUUCACGAUCAUCACCGGCAUGGUGAUACGGAUGGCCCUCCGGAAGCCGAUCGGCAAGACCACCCCGCGCUGGGUGUACAAAUGGUUUUACUGUAUUCAUUUACAAAGCGUCGGCCUGGGCGUGUGCGGUUAUCUGGUUCUGAUCUUCACACUCAUGGGAGGAUCUCAGCUCUUCUCGACGUUACCCGACGUGGCAUUCAAAUUCGGGACCCUACUUUUCUUUUACGGGGUUUAUUACGGAGUCCUGGGUCGGGACAUCGCCGAAGUCGUCACCGAUCGGAUGGCAUGCACCAUCGGCUACUACACCGAUAGCGGAGUGCCAUAUCGUAAUCUCGACAAGGACACCUGCGCGGUCUGCGCGCAGAAAAUCAUGAUUGUGAAUAACGAAGACGCAGUUGUCGAGGAGCGUUUCACGCUGUCGUGCUCGCACUCGUUCCACGAGUUCUGUAUUCGGGGUUGGUGUGUAGUAGGUAAAAAACAGACCUGUCCAUACUGCAAGGAAAAAGUCGACCUCCAGAAGCUGUUCAAAAACCCUUGGGAAAAGCCUCAUGUGAUCUUCGGUCAUUUCCUCGACUUGAUAAGAUAUGCCUUAGUAUGGCAGCCUAUUAUCAUUGGAGCCACGCAGGGCUUCAACUGGUACAUGGGAUUCGAGUGAUUUCUCUUGCCUUCGGGGGACCCGGGGACCUUGAUCGGGUCGAGAGCACGGCUCGCCGUCAUGAUUGCGGCGGAAAGACGAAGAGUUCUGUUGAAUUAAGACUCCGACACAACUCACGUGAGAAUUAAGGCGCUGUAAAUAAUAGUGGUCGUCGAGUGGAAGGAUCUCUCUGAGUGAUCUUGCUCGUUCAGUUUGCCGACUUACUGUAUACCAGAUUGACGUUGGCUUUAUGAUUCAAUCGGUUGAAUCGAUGGGUCAAGUCUGUCCGCGUAGAAGUGUGUACAUUCUCAAAGUCAUCUUCUACAUCCCACCAAUCGCCUCCGCCGCGCACCGUUUGACGCUGGCCAAUAAAAGUCUUGGAACAACC